CCCAAAUCUCAGCACUUUGGAUUUUUCUUUUUCUUCCCUCACAAAAAGUGUUGUUCUUUUUGACGUCUUAUACCUCCAAAAUCCAAUUAAAAUUCUCCCUCCACAUCGCAAUUCACAGAGGGAUCGAAAAAUCCCAAUCCCUAAUCUCAGCUAUGGAGGUGAAGGACGCCCGGCGAAGAUUGGUUCAAUCCACCCUGUUUCCUCGCGCCGACAGCUCGAUCAAACCCUGUGCAAAUCACGAUGGCGAUAAAGGUGAAGAGGCGGCUGAGGAAAGUCAGGAGGAACGUGGAGCUAGCAAAAAGAGGAGUGGAAGUAAGAGGAAGGGCAAUCCGAAGUCAGUGAAGACGACGCGAGCUUCUCCUAAGGAGGUCAUAGAGAAUGGUGAAGCAACUUCAAGCCAGCAAGAUGAUAACGGUUCACCAGUUCUCUUGAAGUCCAAUUUCUUUGUAAAGGUCUCCGAGCGGCAGCAAGAGAAAAUUCAGCGAGAUCAGCCGAUACUGGUUGAUUCCGCCCCUGAAGGCAAUGAAAAACUGUCUUCACCUCCUAGACCUGUUGCAAAAUGUAGGAGUACACCUCGCAAGCUGAAGGGGCAGGAUAACUCAACUCCAAGAAAGGAAAGGAGGAAUUCAACACCCAACAAAAAGAUGAAAAGCGGCAAAAGAGAAUUAUGCUGCAAACAGAUCCCAUUUGACCUUGCAAUGGAUGAACAGAAAUUACCAACAAUUCCUGAUCUCAGAUUGGAAGCAAAACUGUCAGCAGAGGAAAAUUCACGUGUAUUUUCUGGACGACAAAUCCAUCCAUUUUUCACGUCAUGGAAAGGGGGAAAGUCAAGCCAAGAUAUGAGUGAUUCAGAUAGUAAGUGUUCGUCCUUCGAGAGGAAAGAAAAAGGCAUUUCUUUCAACCUUAUCCACGUAUUUGAGGAUGUUGAGGGUGAUCAACCGACACUCAACUGGGGAGAUUGGAUUUUUACUGAAAGAAGUGCCGUUGAUGAUGUAGAUUUUGGAUGCUCACCAGUUUAUGAAGGAUCUAUUGACUCCUUAAAUUUUGAUAACUUUCUGAAUUCUUCUCAUUUCACAAGAUUUGCGUUACACCAGAACUCUCACUUGUGUUCCGUCGAACAAAAUGAGGUUUCUGGGCUGCCUAAUAACCCAGAACAUUCAAAUCUCCUCUCACCCAUAUUAAUUGCUGAGGAGAGAGAAGUAUGCGUUGACCAACAAAAAGAUUGUGUGCUGCCAAAAGAUGCAGAUGAUAUAAUUGCUGAGUCAAUUGAAUCAUUGCAGGACCAUGGGAGCUUGAAGGCUGAGGUCCAGGACAGGCUUCUUGAGGAAAGGAUCAUGUCCCACUAUCAUACUUCCCAGAAUCUAACAGAGAGUUGCUUAUGGACAGACAAAUACCAGCCUCAGAAUGCCAAGCAGAUAUGUGGUAAUGGCGACUCUGUAGAAUGCUUAAGUGAGUGGCUUCAUAAUUGGCACAAAACAGGCACCCUAACCAGCAGAGGUUGCAUAAAUGGAGAUCAUUCUAAAGAUGGCGAUCAUGAUUAUGAGGAUAGUGACUCUGAUACCGACAGUGUUGAAGAAAGCUUGAAGAAUGUUCUCUUAGUGACUGGACCUGUUGGGAGUGGAAAAUCAGCUGCCAUAUAUGCCUGUGCCAGGGAUCAAGGAUUUCACAUUAUUGAGAUAAAUGCAUCAGAUUGGCGUAAUGGAGCUCUAGUAAAGCAAAAAUUCGGCGAGGCUGUGGAAUCUCAUUGGCUUCAGCGCACCGUCGAAAAUGGAACAAAAUCAGAAAACAAAUCCCUACCGAAGUUUUUUAAGCCUGUCAAUGCAGGCAUGCAUUCAUCUGAUGAUGAAGUUAUUGAAGUGACACCUUUAUCGGAUAAGAAAGAUGCUCAAGAUAUUGACUCAUUGCAAAAAAUGUCAGCCCCUGAGCAUAAUCGAUCUUCUAAUUGUCAGAGUGAGAUUAAAACCUUGAUUCUUUUUGAAGAUGUGGAUGCUACUGUUGAAGAAGAUCAUGGUUUUAUUUCGACUAUACAGCAACUUGCUGAGACAGCCAAAAGGCCCAUGAUACUAACAAGCAACAGUGAUUUUCCUGUCCUUCCAAAGAAUUUGGAUAGGUUGGAGUUAAGUUUUUCUGUUCCACCAAUGGACGAGCUUAUUGGAUUUGUCUCUAAGAUUUGUGCUGCAGAGAAAGCUAAUAUUCAUCCUUGCUUGAUAGAAAGAUUUGUUAAUUAUUGUCAAGGUGACAUUCGGAAAACCAUCAUGCUUCUCCAGUUUUGGUGCCAGGGUCAAACACCUGAGAGAGGUAAUAAACUGCACUCAACAUACUGGCCAUUACUCUUUGAUCUAGACGCCGGGCAUGGCAUCCUCCCGAGAGUAAUCCACUGGGGUCACCCUUCACAGCUGUCUGAGCAUGUGGCUAACACGAUUAUUAAGUCUUUGACCUUGAUGGAGCAAACCAAUUGCUUAACAGACACAAAGGUAGAGGACUUGAACGUUAAUGGCAUGGAAGAUAAUAAUAUUUAUGCCCAGGUUGCUCACCGAGACCCUAUUGAAGUGAAAAAAGAAGCAAUGUUAAGCCUGCAAUGUCCGUUUGAUGACGUUGAAUGCGCACGGUUUGAUGCGAAUUGUGAGCUUUAUGAUUUCUCUUGCUCUCCAAUUGCAAAAGAACCGCAAAAAAACCGUAGAAGGACUAAUAUGGUUCUUUCUUCUGAUUCUGAGGAUGAGUCCAUUCCCUCAAUAGAUUUUAAUAUUAAAAUCCUUCAAACUGAAAAAACACCAACUUUUGAUUCUGAAGAACGAUUGGAGAGCGGUUGUCAGCUUGUCGAAAGAAGUGAUUUUUCUCAAAUGGAGUAUGCAUGUGAAUCACGAGAUGUUUCAUGCGUUCCCGAAUCCUCGUUUGUUCCCGAGACACAGAUUCUCAACGAAACGGAAUUAUACUCCACGGCAGUGUCUUAUGGUCAUUUUGUCGAUAAAACAGGGGAAAUUCAGAUAUUCCAAGAUGAAGAUUCAUUACUUUCCGAUUCAGAGUACUCAAAAGCUUUGCAUGUGACGUGCAAUGAUCUGGAAAUGCUAGACAAUAAUUCCAAUUGUACCCCAGUUUGUGUCAAUCAAGAAGAGGAGGUGGGGGAUUCCCUUUUGAAAUCCGAGGGGGAUGGUCCGGGAGGAUAUCAGCCGUUGGAUGAGUGUAGCCGUAUGGAUUUCAUGAGAUUGAAACCUUUUGAAAACUCUGAGGCAGAUCAGCCGACUGAUUUCGUGAAGGAUGCGUGGAAAAAGCUUCAAGAAGGAUGCGAGGGUUUAAACAAUUAUGUCACUGUGGAGGAGAAAACUGCUUGCCGGGGCUUGAUAUUUACUCAUGGAAUGAGUGAUUUGAUCUCGGAAGCUGAUUUGCUAUUGAAAGACUGCCAGACUUCAGAUUUUGAUUCUUUGGGAUCAUCAACGGUUCUUAGUGAGAGAACGAAUUCGUAUACUUACUCUGAUUGUCAAAUGGAGAUGUCGUCUGUUCUUGCUCAGCAUGGGAUGUGUUUCUACGCUAAGGAGAUUGCCUCCUUGGGUUCGGUUGUGGGGUCCACAAACAUCUCGAUUUUGGCCUCAGAAAUGUUGUCUUCAUCAUCAAGCUCAGUUGCACUGGGGAAGUUGGCUAGUCAGGACCAAAGAAAGGUUUUCGGGUCUGAUAGUAAGACAACUAAACAUCCCAAUGUUUUCACGAGCAAAUCAGACUCACCUUUGAGCAAUAUGCUUCAAAAAAUAGUCCCCUCAAGAUCAUACCUAGCUGCAAUGGGCCCUGCAUUUCAUGAGUACAUCUCAACUUUGAGCCAAAUUUCAAGAUACGAAGCCUCCCGUUUAUCGGAAUGCACCAGAAAGAAGGAAAGAAGAGCACGUGCGCCACGUCAUUAUCUCACUUCUGGUUCGUUAGCUAUGACAUCCGAAGAAAUAUCUUUGCUGGGUCAAUACUCUGGCUUCCAGAACACUCCCUUAUCUUCUUAGCAAACACAUGUUUUAGACGAAACAUCUAAAUCAAAGCUUGAAUGCAAGAGAUAGGAGAUUUAACAGGUAGUAUUUUAUGUAGAGUGUAAAUUCACAUUUCUCUCAUAGUAAGUCUAUAAUUGAGGUUCUUUCUAUCUGUGUUGUUCGAUUGGGCACUUGACUGUCAAUAAAAAGAUUAGUUUUUAUUUCGAAAAACAUUAUUUUUGACUUUUGAUACUUGUUACUUGUUAGUGAACUUUGAAAUCUUUGUGAAAUUGUGAGCUGCCGUUGCUGAAAUUAUCAAGCUGAACUGAGCUCAAGUUUGAGCUUGAACCAAGUUGAGUUCAGUUUGUAUGUCAAUAUUAACGAGUCUCAGGAGUCAGGACUAUGCAGAGCUGCACGUGAAUCGCUAAAUUGUAUGGCUUUGUAAGACUGUAACGGACCCCUCAGAAAUUUGAAAUAGUUGGACCAGUAGCAGUUGGAGAAGAAGAAGAAAGUAUUUUAAUUUCAUUUUGAUCCCUCAGAAAAUGAUAUUCCCGAGAUAUGGAACCGACAGUCAUAAUUUAAAUUAUAGUGUAAAAAAAAACAAACAAAACAUUGACUACUUCAUAAAGAGACCCUCACAAAGCACCACAUUUGCACACUGCACAAAGGCCAACUAAGAGCAACGCAAGUUUUUACAUUUUACUAUAUUUUUUUUUUUAUCUUUUCUUUAUUUAUGUUGUAUUAUUAUUAUGAGUUCUAUUUCUAUUUAUCAAAC